GGCUGAGCGGGCGCUCGGGCUUCAGGUGCGCAGGUUGAAGAUCGAGGAGGUGAAGAGCACCAUCAAGACGCAGCGCAUCGCCUCCCACAGCCACGUGAAGGGGCUGGGGCUGGACGAGAGCGGCCUGGCCAAGCAGGCGGCCUCGGGGCUCAUGGGCCAGGAGAACGCGCGCGAGAUUUCUUAUGGGAUAAAGUAUGACAAAACAUGGCUAAUGAACUCAAUCCAGAGCCAUUGCACUGUCCCAUUCACUGCAGUGGACUUCCACGUUAUGCAAAGUGGGGCUCGGUUCUUUGUCCAGGAAGCUAGCACUGCCUCUGCACUGAUGGAUGUCAGCUACAAGAAUUGUGACGAGGAGAGCCGAAAGGUGUGUAUACCUGUCUUUGUCAGCCCCUCCGCUGUUCCCUACUCUGUGUGGUAUAAGUUGAAGUCAGAAGAAAUGGAGCAGCUAAAGCUGACCUUGAGCAAAUGAUUUGAUGUCUCCCAGGAAGCUCUUGACCUCCAGAGGCUCCGCCUUGACCCAGACUUGGUGUGCCAUGAUAUUGAUAUAAUUCUGAAUCGAAGAAGCUGCAUGGCUGCCACCCUGCAGGUCAUCGAAAAGAAUUUCCCUGAGGUGAGGCUGUAGGCCCAGGGGACGGUGAUUACUCAAGGAAGUGGCCAGGGAGGCCAUGUGCGGGAGGCCAGCUGUGGGAGGCCGGGCCAGGGGAGGGCGUGCGAAUACAGACCCUCUACCCUGCCUGCGGCCUUACUCCUCCCGCUGCCUGCUCCCACCGUCUGUGAGCUUCUCGGCAGAGGCCUGGGGCCCCCCUGGCUGCAGAGGCUCCCGGAACCCCGUGACUGCAGCUGAGGCCGGCGACAUGAAGGGGAGGGAGUCCCGUCCUCCUUAGGAGGAAGCCCGCAGAGAAGGUCCAAAACCAAGAAAAACUAAAAGUACGUAACGAAGUUACAGAAGAAAUCAUCAGCUAGAGAGUCAGGAUGGCUGUGGCUGGAGAGAGGAAGGCUCUGCCCUUGCACCCACCUCUGCUCCCCACCUCCCACACAGCCCCCGGGCAGCCAACGCCCAGCCCAGAACUGCCCUUCUCAACCCAAGCCCAAGCCUCCGGAAGCACAGGCAAAGGAGGACCGAAGGCACAGAACGAGACGCAGACGCGGUGAGGACAGGGGUGCGGCCAUCCUCGGAUGUGGGCGCCACACUCAGCCCAGGAGGCCACCCAUCUGUUGGCUAAAAGCACCUAAACCAGAAACUGUUUUAAGCUACAGCUGGUGUCUGGGCCACUUUAUCAAGCACUUGAGACACAGAGCUGAUUAUUUUUCUGGCAACAGCGAAAACAGAAAGGUUGAAAGCACAGAGUCUGUCACCAGCUGUUUCCAGAGCGGUUCUUACAGUCACGUCUGGGUUGGGGCCAGAGACGGCAGAGAGGUCCACUCGGGAGGCCUGCUGCGGUUGGUCUUGUUCUUUCAUUCCCCUCUUGCAUUUCGCUGCCUUGAGUCACGCAGAGUAAAACCCCUUGCACAGCAUCUUUCAGUGCUUUAGAUGCUAUUUGCAAAAGAGCCCCUUAAAAAGGGACUUGGGUUAAAAGAAACGUGUGUGUGCUGUGGUCUUGACUCAUGGUCGCUGCCCCCUUACUUGGAUCUGGAUUCCCACAUCAGCUCUCUCCUCACUGGCCUGCUGCGUGGCUGUAGCCAACCUCUUCAGCCCAUCCCGAGCCCCAGUUCCUCACCUGUGACACCCGAGGGGCUGUGGAGCUUUCCGAGCGUCAAGCACAGAGCCUGGCACGUAGAAGGUGCCCAACAAAUGGGACAUGAUUAAGAUCUGACUGGUUCUCAUGGCUCAUACCACCCUUUCCCUAACAUCAUCAACACCCAUGGAUGUGGGAUCAUGGGUGAUUUUUAUUUUCUUCUUCCUGUGCUGUUUUCCAAAAUCGGGACAAGAAAAUUCACAUCGCAAUAACUAUAAAUACUUUAUAACAAAAAUCAUUACCUACUAAAAUGUUAGAGAGUGAAAACGCUUGCGCUAUUCUUAUAUGAUAGGAGUCCAUCCCAGGACCAGAGGUCUCCCUCUGCUACAUCAGGGAUCUGAAAACAGUUUUCAGGACCACUGCCAAAGCCAGCCGGACAAAGGCUGCCCCCACCCGCCUCUCCUGUCAAAGGAUUCCAAACUCAGUCCCCAUUCCUAUGGUCCCCAUUGCCCUAAACCAGGACCACACCGGGCCCCGUUCCGAAAGUGGCCCAGCGAGAAACUGGCCAGUGACCUGUGGCUUCUGCAAGCUGGGCUAACAGGGCUCCUGGGGGUCUUGUGAGCGAUUCACUGGGAGACGGGGCGAGUGAGCUGAGCGCUGAGGAGUGAGAGGGUGUGAGAUACAACCCAUGUAGAGGCAGCUGCCAGAGGCUGGUGCAGGCCUGAGUGGGCUGGU